UUGGCGACAAGCAGUUCUCUGCUGGUAAGGAAAGAUGUUUUUGACCUGACCCCCGAGGAGGUGCUCAGUCUGCAGAAAACUCUCAGGGAAGUCAACAGGGAUACAUCACCCAAAGGUUAUGCUGCCAUCGCUGCCUACCAUGGCUAUCCGGCCCAGUGCAAGCAUGGCGACAAAGACAUCGCAUGCUGCGUCCACGGAGAGCCCGAAUUCCCACAGUGGCAUCGUCUGUACGUCGUACAGUUGGAGCAGGCACUCAAGGAGAAAGGUCUGAGCAUCGGUAUUCCAUAUUGGGAGUGGACCCGUCCUUUGACCCAACUGCCGGACCUGGUCAGUCAGCGAGUCUUCAUUGAGCAAGAUGGCGGAAAGGCCAGGAACAACAUCUGGUACCAGGGUCAGAUCCAGACUCCAGAGGGAGUGAAGACUACCGCUCGAGCUGUGGACCCCAGGCUGUUCCAACAGGUGGAGGCUGGACAGAACACUGACCUGUUUGAGCAAGUGCUGAACGCCCUCGAGUACCCCAACUACUGCCAGUUCGAGGUCCAGUACGAAGUUGCCCACAACACUAUCCACUUCCUGGUUGGAGGCCGUCACACCUACUCCAUGUCUCACCUGGAGUAUACAUCAUACGACCCGAUUUUCUUCCUGCAUCACUCCAACGUCGACAAAAUCUACGCCAUCUACGAAACAAUCCAGAGAUCUAGAGGAUACACACCUG